AUGGUUGACUCAACCCCUUCUUCUGAACAGCAAGAGACUAAAUAUUCAGUACCAACUCAGCCCCAAUCGACAGAUGCAACAACCGGAGGCGGUUUUGAAAGACUCACAUCCUUCUUCAAAGGAAUAUCAGGUCUCAAUAUGGGUUUUGAGGAAGCAACAGAAAGUAACGAGCCUUCUGGCAACAUCAUAGAACUGAAACCUAUAGUCAUUCUAGGGAAUCAUUUUAUCAAUCAAGACGAGGCAAGGGAUCAUAUUUAUUCCUUAUUGUGGCUUUCCUAUAGAUGUGGAUUUAGUCCAAUUCCUAAAUCCAUUGAUGGGCCCCAACCGGUUACGUUUUUUCCUUCCCUUUUAUUUAGCAAGCUGACACUAACCAAUGUGGGCAAUUUACGAAGCUUGUUUGACAAUGAGAACUUCACCAGUGAUGCUGGAUGGGGUUGUAUGAUACGAACAUCUCAGAAUUUACUAGCAAACGCGUUACUCAAAUUAGCAGGCGAAGCCAAUGGGAAUGUUCAAUUGGAAAUUCUCAAAUUAUUUCAAGAUGAUCCUAAUGCUGCUUUUUCCAUUCAUAAUUUCAUAAGGGUGGCCAGUGCUCUGCCAUUACUGGUGAAGCCAGGACAAUGGUUUGGUCCGAACGCGGCCUCAAUAUCGAUAAGGCAACUUACAAUUGAGAUGACAGAUCAGGAAUCACCUACUGUCGUGCCAUUUGUUUACAUCAGUGAGAAUGCUGACCUAUAUGACGAUGAGAUCGAAGAAACGUUCUUAAAGGAAAAGCGGCCACUUCUUUUAUUAUUUCCAGUUCGAUUAGGUAUUGAUCACGUUAAUAAAUAUUACUACAAGAGUAUCCUUCAGCUACUAGCAUCAAGGUUUUCUGUCGGAAUAGCUGGAGGUAAACCAUCAUCCAGUUUUUAUUUCAUAGGAUAUGAAAAUGACGAAAAUCUAAUCUAUUUUGAUCCUCACUUGCCACAAGUUUUUGAAUCGCCAAUUAACCUUGCCAGUUACCAUACUUUGAACUACAACAAACUCAGUAUUGAAAUGCUAGAUCCGUCAAUGAUGAUAGGGGUACUACUUGGAUCUAUGAGUGAGUAUAGAGAGUUGAAACAAGAAUGUACUGAAAAUAAAAUUAUUCAUUUCCACCCAUUGGUCACUUCGCAGCAGGACUCGACGUUGAAUCAAUCAUGGGAAGAAGUCCAAGAGGAUGACGAUUUUGUCAAUUUGACAAUACCUAAAAGCGAGGAAGAAUUUGUUGUUUUGAACGAAUAG